AUGUUUAAAUCUAAAGAAAAAACAUCAAUUAAUACACUGUUAUGUGAUUUAUUAAAUGAUAUGAUAUCUUUUCUUCUUAAUAAAUAUAUUCAUUUUAAUAGUCAGUAUCAUUUAAUUAAUUGGAGUUGGAAAACUUAUGUUGAAAAUUAUCAAGAAGGAUAUCAUAUUCAUGGUGUAUAUCCAGAACUUAAUAAAGCUAUUCAAUCAAAACAAUAUUUAGUUACAAAUACAAAAUAA